ACACUAGCGACCGCCCCCAUAGCUGUGUGGCGGAGGCUUAAAUUCAGCUCUUCUUCUUCUUCUUCAAUCUUUCACAAUCAUCUCCUUCUCCCCAAAAAAUGUCGAACCUCAGUCUGCUCCGUAAGGCAUUGGAUCCAACUUCAUUUCUCGAUCGGCGACGGCAAAUCAUCGCCUUCCUCUGUUUUUCCGCCAAUCUCCAAGUUCUUCUCCACGGAAGGGGAACGACCCCGACCUGAAUCGUCCGCCGAACCUUUUCUCUAUACAUCUAAAACAACAGGUUCGGUGUAUGGAAAAUUGUAUGGUAUUAUCACAAGCAAUACUCUAAGAACGGACAUGGUCAAAUUGCUUGAAGGAUGUAAUUUGAGUGUGGAUGAUGUCAAAGUUGAAUACACUCGGAAUUUCCUGAUAACCUCUAUAAUGAUACGGUUCCCCUCCCAACAGGCGUAUACUAAUGCUUUUCGAGUAAUUGGAAAACAAGGUCGCUUGUACAGAUUGGAUCCGGUUGAUCGUUCGAAGUGGGACCUUCUUACACCUUACAAUGGAAAAACUGUUCUUCUGCAAGGAAUACCUCGAAAUGCAUUGGUAGAAGACGUGGAACGCUUCUUAUCUGGCUGUGACUAUGAUGCAGGCUCAAUCACUAUAUUCUUCAGGCACUCCCAUCAACAGAUUAUCAGAAUGGCAACAGUGAUAUUCCCUUCACCAACACAAGCAAUGCAUGCAUUUCUUACAAAGAACAAAGGCUUUUGUCUGAACAGCCAAAUUACGAUGCGGGUUCUCCAAUAACUAGUAACUCUUAUCGUCUUUAUUCUGACACUUUUUUUUGUUGGCUCAGUGGCUGGGCGUUUUGCGUUUUGUAGUAGUCUUAUGAGUUGACUUGCAUCUUCAUAUCGGAAGCCUCCAGUAGGUUAGCAAUCACAUGCACAUUCAAAUUGACCUGAAAUCUUUCUCUUUUCACAUAUUAACAGUUUGUUUUGUGCCAAAAAAUCUUCAUUUAUAAGGAAGGAUAUCUGGAUUUUGAAUUUAUAUGAAAAAAAUAAGGUUGUCCAAGUAA